AUAUAUGUGCUAAUAGUCGAGCAUCGUUCCUUCCACGUAUAUGAAUUCAUGGGUGGCGUUUACAUCGUUAAAACGCCGUAUCACUUAAUUUUUGUAUUUGUAUUAUUUUAACUGCCUUAGCACUAGUAUUCGUAUAAUUGAUUACCCUAGUGUGCGAUUUGUCAACACUCACAUCAAGUAUCAUAUAUAAAUAUAUAUAUAUAUCGAUUAAAUUACAUUUAAAGUAUAUUACUGUCCUUAAAAUGUCCGCGGAAAUCGAGGAAUUGCUAAAACGCUACCAAAACUACCCCAAUGUUACUGGCAUCAUUAUUUUGGACCCGUUCGCUAUCCCAAUCAAGACCACCAUGGAGUACACCUUGACCGUGCAUUACGCGGCCCUGAUCAGCACCUUAACUUAUAAGGCGGCCAAAAUGAUUACUAAUUUGGAUGCUAGCAAUGAGCUAGUGACAAUACGUCUGCGCACCAAGGUCCACGAGGUGAUUGUGCUGCCCUCCGAGAACUACAUCAUUAUUGUAGUGCAAAAUCCAGGCACCUAAAUCAUUGUAUUAAACCAUGUACUAUUCUUUUUCGCUGAAUGUAUUUGCCCUUAUAAAGUUUUAAUUAAAGUUAAGAAAGCGUCUGGUCCAAUUGCGCAUCUUUGGUGAUGUAAAAUAUACGACUUGGCCCUCCCUGGCUUGGCGUUAAUUGCUCUAGAUAAAUACGCGGCGCGUCGCUAUAAUUACGACAGACCGAUUACGAGCCGCACUUAAUUGUCCGCCGUAAAGUGUUUGCCGGUAUCUCUAAUCCGGCCAAAGAAGAUCUCACUCCCGCUGGCUUAAAAACGGUAUCCAGCUCGAUUUUAAUUAUUCGGCGACGUUCUCACUCUGUGCAGUUUGCAUAUUCAUUGCUUUUUCCUACGGAGGGAAGGACGUAUUGUCCGGGCUUGCAUUGCUUUGAUUACCGUUAUGGCGAUUUUACAGACUUUAUCCGUGUCCUUACCCCGCAGGAACUUUGGCUGCAAUGGACUAGAUAAGGUAUCCGGAUCGCUUAUAAAAAAGUGCCAGAAAGUGCCAAAAGACUACCACAAACAUGUAAUGUUCACAAUUUUGAAAAAUGCAUGCACUCUG